GAAAAGUGAUAAACCUGAUGAAAUACAUAUCCCAUAUGUAUCCCAUAUCCCAUAUCUGAGGAGUGAGCUCUCCUGUUGCGGCGCCCACAAAGUGUAUUUUCUCCACAAAAUAUCACCACAAUUCGUGCCUUGGGUGUCCCAACUAGUGUGGACGGGGGAGGUGGGGCGGAAUCGGUGAUCGGUGAUAAGCACCCGCAAACAUGUGUAGGUGAAAAUUAAGCGGUAACUUUUGUAACGCGAGUGAAGUGCCAGUGUGUGUCAGUCGAGGGGAGCAGUUUGACAGGAACGGAUAGCGCCAUGGAACCCCCACAGAAGUCGGAAUACACCGCGGAAUACUUCCAGAAAGCUUUGGCCAAAGCCUACCACAGCGAAAAGCUGCACGUGGAAAGCACUCGCAUCGAAGCUGUGAGCCAAAAUGGCGAGAACUUUUGCAGCGUCAUCUACCGCGCGGUAGUCGAAUUUCGCAAGACUACCGACGCCCCCCUGGAGACGGGACGGUACAUAGUCAAGGACCUGCUGCCCGUUGUGGCCGAACUGGGGACCAACGAGAAGGCCAUGUUCGAGGAGCUCCUGCCGGCCAUGGGGGCCAUACUGCAGAAAGCCCCGCCCAGUCUGGGCGAGCACAAGCUGAGCGCUGACUGCCUCUUGGCCGAGACGGCGAACGGCAAGGAGGUGUACGUACUGGAGGACCUUUGCGCCCUCGGCUAUGCCUCAAUGGAUCGCUUUCGGGGUCUGUGCCUGGCGGAUGCCCAGAUAUGCUUGCGAAAGAUCGCCCAGUUUCAUGCCGCCUCGAUGAUCCUGUGCGAGCAGCAGCCCGAACUUGUGGCGAAGCUUGAACCCUCAAACUAUGCCAACGGAGUGUCGGAUCCCUUCGCCCAGAUCAUUGUGGUCGGUGGGACCGAGUACGCGGCCGACGUAUUUGCCCAGGAGCUGCCGCAGAUAGCCAAGAAAAUGAAGGCGCAGAUACCAGACGCUUACACGCGGCGAAUUACGUCCGUGGUCGAUCCCAAGAACUCCGCCUUCAAUGCGAUUGUCCACGGCGAUAUCUGGGUGAACAACAUGAUGCUCGAUCGAAGCAACAGCAGCGCCAUACUCGUGGACUUUCAGAACUGUUGCCUGGGCAGCCCGGCCAUCGAUUUGCAGUUCUUCUUCUACACCAGCCUGCAGCUGGAGGUGCUGCUCCACCAGCAGGACGCGCUGCUGCAGCACUAUUACCGCAGCCUCACGGAGACCCUCACCCUCUGCGGCUUUCGCGGCUCUCUGCCCACCUUCGAUCAGCUAACGGAUGAGAUGCAGCGCUGUCUGUUCUACGGCUACUAUGCCGUUGCCUGCGAGCUGCCCAUCUGUUGCGCCUCCCCCGAGGCCAGUGCCGACUUCAAUCUCCACACCUUUGGCUGUCCGCAGGCCACGGAACUGAAGCGUCGCCAGCUGUUUGCCAACGAGCGAGUGCGUCAGACGGUCAAAGUGUCACUGCUGGCAUUCGAUCAGCAGGGCAUACUGGACACGCCCUAGAAAAUGUUUGCUAUUCUGUAGUGUAUUCUAGAGUAAUUCUUGUGUAGAAAUGUUCUUAAACGGUUGUUCUUUAAUGGUGCAACAGCUUGUAUUAUUCAA